AUCUCUCCUCCUACCUCCACCCCUUCACUUUUCCAUCCAUAAACUUUCGAGCUCCACAUCUCUGUGACAGAACCUGCUUUCCGCUAAAGGAAAAUCAGAGUACCAGGAUUGAACUUCAGUACUGUGGCUGUCUAUCUGCAGUUUCAGCAUCCUCGUCAACCUGCAACCGGAUCUCCUGUCACUGCGACAACCAGCAUCCUUCCUCCUACCACGGCUCUCCACUCCACCUUGUGGUAGUACUGCUGUUCUUCCUUCCUCUCUGCUCAGCACCCCUCCCCUUUCUGUGCACUAAACUCAUCUGCCGAUAGUGUCUCUGCAUGGAGAAGGUACAGCACAUCACACGGGCAGCCAUACGCCGGGUGUCCACUAUGGAGGUUCCCCAACAGGCCAAGCAGAACAUGCAGGAGCUCUUCAUCAACUUCUGCCUCAUCCUCAUGUGCCUGCUGCUCAUCUACGUCAUUGUGUUGCUAAUGUGAGCGGGAGGGGCCACAGUUUACCCUUUAGCCAAUUAGGGUGAAGGAAUGUACAGAGGAGCCAAUUGCGUUGAGGGGUGGGAGGCUCUUUCCACGGCAUGUGAGAGAUCGUCAGCGCAAUGUAACCUGCUCGUCCUCCUUUUCACUGGCAAACAAGUCCUGCAAGCAACCUUUCAGUAGAAGACGCUUGGAUAACACAGCACCACAGCUUCACCUGAAGAACAUAAACCCUGAAUUCUCCAGCCCAGAUAACUCUGGAUCUGACCAAUAUGGAUUUGAUCAAUAACCGAGGACUAAACCUGCUGCUCAACUUCCUGCUUAUCGUAGUGGCUCUCUUGCUCAUGCUCAUUCUAGUAAAGCUCAUGUGACCCAGUUUUAAAUGGGCAAAAUGGCACAAAACCAAAAUAAUGGCAGCAUUAGUCUAAGAGAACCAGAAUGUUUUAGCAACCCCCACACACUCUCUACCUGCAAAACCAUUUUAAAGGUGCAGUAAGCAACUUCAGACUUAAGCCACACCCUCUUUCCAUCCUCCAAAGACAUUACAGAAAGCAAACCAUAAUGUCCACAGUGAUUAACAGGCAGUGAGCAUUUCUGAUUGGCUAAAAAACUACGGGCCAGUCCCCUGAGACUGGAGAUUUUUCAAGACACAUAUUUCAUUAAUAUCUAGACACCUAGCAAUCAACCUAUUUGCUUUUUAGAGGGCUACAAGUAUAGAUUAUCAGCAAGUCAAUCUAGAGAAGUAAAUCUAACUGAUCUAUGUCAAAAAUAUAGCAACAUUUUCCUUCAAGCUAACUUGAGAACAGUGAGAUGAAGUCAGAGCAUAUCAUUGCUUCCUACAUCACUUUGCCUUCUAGUGGUCACUGCCUCAUACUGCUAACAAAAACAAAAGCAUUAAAUGAUUACAAAGUGGUUUUUCCCUCAAAUCAAGAUUCUGAUUCUAUGAAGAGCAGGUUAAGACCUAAGUACCAAAAGCAUUAGGAAGAAAAUGUAGGUGACCUCAAAGCCCUUGACACACCACUGCAUCUAUAUUUAUCUGCUCACUGAAAAAAAAUAGCAAAUGAGUCAUUUUUGUCUUGUUUUUGAGUGAAAAUAUAAACAAAUAUGCUUAUAAUGGGGCCUGGGUAGCUCAGUGGUAAAGAUGCUGGCUAUCACCCCUUGAGUUCGCUAGUUCGAAUCUCAGGGUGUGCUGAGUGACUCCAGCCAGGUCUCCUAAGCAAACAAAUUGGCCUGGUUGCUAGGGAGGGUAGAGUCACAUGGGGUAACCUCCUUGUGGUCACUAUAAUGUGGUUUGUUCCCGGUGGGGCACGUGGUGAGUUGAGCGUGGAUGCCGGGGUGGAUGGCGUGGGUGCUAUGUCUCUGUGGCUACGUGCUCAACAAGCCACGUGAUAAGAUGCAAAGGUUGACGGUCUAAGAUGCUGAGGCAGCUGGGAUUCGUCAUCCGCCAUCCGGAUUGAGGUCGAAUCACUACGGAAAUUGGGCAUUCCGAAUUGGGAGAACCCCCCCCCCGUUUUAAGUACAAAUCUAACAAUAUUUUAAACAUUUGGAAAAAUAGCCAAUGGGGUAAGAAAAAUAUAUGUGCUGUUUCUUUUUAGCAAUAAAAAGCUAUUCACUCUUAAUUAGAAAUACUUCAUAAAUAGAGGUAAAAUAUUAAUGGUUUUAAAAAACACAUUGGUUUGCCUAUAAUAUAUACAAAAUUGUAAUCUUUAUUCAUUAAAUCACAAUCAAUGUUUUCCUUUAAUAUAUGUGUGACCAUAUGAAUAUAUUUAUGAAGUAAGUAAUAUUGAAAAUGUGUGUAUAAAUGGAAAGGAACUGACACAAGACAGAAUGGAAGUAAACACAGAACAAUGAAAAUAAAACACUUGCA